AUGAUGGAGCCCGGCGAAGUCCAGGGUUGCGGCGGCGCGCCGCCGCCGCCUCCGACGACGGGGGGGACAUUCGGGCGUCGGGGGUUCGAGAGGCUCAGGCGGGAGGCCACAGGCUUCGAGAAGCGCCUGCGUGAGGGCUGCGAGGAGCGCGGCCCCACUCCAGAUCCCAAGAGGUCCAGGGCAGGCCCUAAAGCAUGCGUCGUGGUCAAGCCCGACGGGAGGAAGUGCCGUUUCUGUUCGAUUACGGACGACACGCCAUGGAUAGUUCAGGGUGACAGUGAUCAUGAGUUCUGGGUGUGGGGGUACCCCCCGUACCCGAGUGGGAAGAACCAAGGCAACGUCUGCUGGAUAUGCAUGAGGGUCUUCUGCGCCCGCUAUGAGGCCAAGGGCUACAAGAUAUCGACGCUGGUGGUGAAGAUGGGAUCCGACAAGGACAUCAAUACUGAGUUCACGAAGUACCGUGAGCAGCUGACCGAGAUGGUCAAGCAGCACGGCAUGGACUUCCCCAUCGAUUGGAAGACAUUCGACGAGGUGCUUUCGACCCAAAACGAGAGCAACGUGCGGAUCCGAGAGCCCGAGGACCAGUACAUGGAGUACAGAGAUUACGUGGGUGACCACGGAGAUCCAGCCACGAACGGCUUGGGCCACGAACGCUGCACGUUCAUGAACAAGGACAUGGUCCGCAUGCCAGCCAAAAAGGUGUGGAGGGUGAUUCGCGAGUCAGUCGAUAAGGUGGUCAAAAAGAAGGUAUACAAUAUCGGCGACGGCGUCGGUGAGGGCCAGCUCGACGCUAACUUCGCGGACAUGUCCGCGUCGCUCUUCUCUUCGCUGCCCAGGGCCACGGGGGUCUGUCUCGACGAGCUGCUCUCGCAGAAGAAGAGCCCGACGAAGGACUCGCAAGAGCCCCCCCCCGGGACUGCGUCCGCUGACGACGAGGAUGACAAGCUUGCCUCUUCUUCGGCUGGCAUUGGCCGAAUGGCGCAGAUGCUCGCGCCGGCACAGAAGGAGGCGGAUGCGGCCACGACGGCUGUCAGCAAGGCAAAGCCCGCGCACAGCUCCGUGCCAGGGGCGAGCACUGGCAAGCGCGGCCGCCCGGAGCAGCCCCCAGUGCCGGUGGCAGAGGAGGAGUUGAAGGUAUUCAAGGCAUGCGGUCCGAACGAAAAGUACUUCGAGCAGGCCCAGCACUUCAGGCGUUCAUUGGAGCGGUCGCUCAAGAAGAUUCAGAAGCUCGUCAGUGAUACGUCCGAGCCAGAGGAGUACCACCUGAGAUUGCAGAAGAGUUUGCAGACCAUGUUCGACGUCUCCAAGGCAUGGGCUGUAAAACAGAUCUACGACGACAGGGUGCACAGGGUACUGGUGGCGUCCGUCGCCUUCUUGCAGCUCGCCCCGACGACGGACCUGCCGUUCCCCAUAUGGCUGAUGCAGAAGAGCCUCACGCACGGCGCAGAGGCGCGUCCCGGGGCGCCCCUGCAAGGGCGUGGAACCGCCGGUCGCCCUGACAUGUUCUGGGGAUUCUUCGGAGACCAAGUGAUGGAGCAGAGCGGGUACGAGCAGGAUUCGGAGAAGCGCAAUGCGAGGAUCAAGUUGCUGAAAGCGAAAAUCGCCACCUUGGUGAAGAGCAGGCCCAAGUCGAAGGAGAGGGAGAUGAUGGACGAUCUCUUCGGCAUCUUCUCGGUGGCGCCCGACUUCAUCAAGGCAGCUUUCCCGUCUGAUUUCAGGUUUCUGAAUGUUUUGGCCGAUCCUGCGGGCGAGUCCACUGCGCUGUCCCACGCCUCGUUCAAGGAGUUCGAUGAGAAGAAGUUGGACUUCGCCGGCGCGAUCGCCGACUGGGACACGGGCUCGGGCGCCGUGGAGCACGCGCGGUCGGCUUAUGAGAAGAAGGUGGAACGCGAGAAGACGGGGGCGCGCGUCCAGACGGCGCUGGUGGACGUCGCGAAGCACCUCGACGACUCGGACUUGGAGAAAGCCUGCCUCGCAUUGAACACCGUGCGCCAACAGUUGGAGCAGCAGGGCGAGAGCGGGGAUGAGGACCUAGGCUCCAUGCAGGAAGCGCUGAAGACCACGGGAACUCGUUUGUCAGCACUUGUCUUCUCAACGUUUUCCACGGAGGUCACGUCGAUUAUGAAAAGCGGCGACCCGUCCACGUUUGUCAGAGUGCAGCUCAUCGGCGAGGGCGAGACUCAGGAGGAGAAGCAUGAGACGGAGGUGGACUGGAUCUCGGAGGCUUGCUCGGUGCUCGCUUGUGAGAAGAUCCUCCCGGUGGGCGACGCCCGCGAUCGCAAGGCCGCUGCCGAGGGGGAAACGCUUGUUCUGAAUAUCAUAUAUCUCGCGUACAUGCACGAGUCCGUGGACCACCAGGGCGACGACAUCUACCCUGAAGGCGAGAAAGGCCAGCAGAUGGCGUUAGAGAUGCUCCAGAAGAUGGCAGGUUCAAAGCCGAGCGAGACGUUGGCACUCAAGCUAACCCAGGAUUGCUUGGCCGAGCUGCAGGCGCAUCGCGAGAAGUGGCUCGCUGGCAAAAUGAUCGGCGGUGCUCACCGUUGUGCUAUCAAGGCCUUGGGCGAUGCUUACAAGGACGUCAGCACGGCGAUCCAGACUUACGAGUUCAGGGCCACCGAGGCAAGCGGCUCCCUCUUCAAGGACAACGAUGCCAGGGACAAGCUCGCCGCCCUCCUGGACGAAGACCUGGGCCACAUAUUCGCAGGGAUCGCUCGAGUUUCUAACUUCUUCCAGGUGCAUCACGUCAGGCAGAAGAUCAGCUUUCUCAGGAAGUAUCUGGACGUGUCGAGGCACUGCGCUAAGAUGGAGAAGUGGUUGGCCAGCGGCGAGGAUUCCCCCCGGAAGAUUGCCAUGACAAUGGAUAGCGCCAAAUCGUACAAGGUCCUGCAGGACGCGGUGACUCUCGUGAACGACAUGGCCAACACCAUGCGCAAGAGGGCGAGUGUGGAGGACAUCUCUGCGGCGCUCAACUUCCACGGGCCAGAGGCCGCUCUCGUCGAUUACUUUCCGCCCAGCCUCAACCUGCCGUGGGCGGCAAUGCUUGACGCGGUCAACCGCCAGGGCGUGGCGGCCCUUGAGAGCACCAAGGCCGCAUGGGAAGGUCAUAUGCAAUCUCUUCGCAACACCCUGCAGGGCGCCUUGAUCCCUUGGGAGCACGUGGGCGAGAAGUUGCUCACGCCUGAGGCGGAGGACGUGGCGACCACCCUGAUGAAGAAUAAGGCAUACGGGAACGUGUCACCGCUCGCCGGAAGCAUCUCCGACAUGCUCAAAGUAUGCAAGUUCUAUUCGGACAUUAUCCCUAAGGAGUUGGCGAAGAGUUCAGAGGAGGUCGCCAGCGCGGGUUUGAAGCUCGUCUCGGUCACGUUCACGCUGUACCAUUUGAAGGUGGUUUUCCCGACCGUCAAGGGGGCCAAGCUGCAGACCGCGGAGAAGGACAAGCUGAAGGCGCAGCACGCCGCUAGCCAGUUCAAGGACUCCUGGGAGUGCCUGCCCGCCGCCUUGAAGAAGGCGGUGGAUUCGUUCGGUGCGAAGGGCGGCGCCGCGGGGGCGCCAGCAUGA